CGCAAUUUGUCUAUCUCUGAGCCUGGAGUAAGAUACAUUUGAUGCUUCCAUGUGUGGUGGGCCGUAGAACGACUCUCAGCAUAGAGGCAGCAAUUGGUCUGGCGGCUGGCCGACAGUCGCUGGCGCAGCUGUGUGCUUGUACUUAGGUUCGCGGUAUGAAGAUGCAUCCAAUUCCAGAAACCGCGACUGACAGCGCUCUGCGUUCCGAAGUAAAGGCCCUCCAGAAGCGGCUCGAAAAAGCCCUUCAGGGGCAGCGCCAAUCGUCUUACCGCCUCCGUACAUACAACGAGCAGCAUGCGGAAAAUCCGGAGUGCAGUUUGCAGAGCAAUGUCUUUUCACCUGGCGAGGUGGUCCCAUGCUGUUGGUGCAGAAGGCCGCAGGUGCUGAUUGAGGCUGAGGACGACGAGCAGGGCGGCGACCGGGAGAUGCCGGAACCACACAACAGCGACAGAGCGGGGGAAAAGGGGGGCUUCACACCCGAGGGUGUAGACCACGGUACGGUCCUUUCCGGAGAAAAUUUCAACGACAACGACGGCAAUGACACGGCGCGCACAGAUCAUGUCGAGGACGCUUGUUUGCGGAGUGUUUGGGUGCCCUAUGCUGUCGAUGGAGAGCCGAUUCGCCCGGAGGACGUUGUGGAGCAGUUCGGCGUUCUUGGUGCCGCAUCUGUAGUACCUUCCUCGGAGGACGAAGACGUCGAAACCUCGUCGGAAAUUGUGUUGCGACCAAAGUCGCGAUUUGCGCAUGUGGCGGUACUCUUUGGAGACAAGAUUGAGUACCUCAUGGGAGCACUGAUUCUCGGUUAUUCCUUGAAGGAUUCCCGCCACGACGUGGUGCUACUCUACACCUCCGACGUGCCAAAAGAGUCCUUGCGGUACCUUCGCUCGGUUUUUACGUUCAUACUGGAAGUCGAUUACCUCACGGUGGGGAAAAGCGUUGCACCCAGACUCUACAAAAACGCGGAGCGCACGCGCUUCAAGGACGUCUUCACGAAGCUUCAAAUAUUCUGCUUGGAUUGCUAUGAGAAGGUACUACAACUUGCUUCGCUUUGACGUAGUAAUAUUGAGGCAGCGUUUAUCCCACCAUGUUUCAUUUUGAGAUCUUUACUCAGAGAAAUCUCGUAGUACUAAAAAGAACUUCUGCUGCUCUCGUUAGUGCCGCGCAUUCACUUAGGACCGCCAGGUUCAUCUUUAGUUGCACUACAUUUCCUAAGCUCAGGUUCUCUUUCUUGAUUUGGACACGCUCGUGCGUGACGUCGCGGCAGUGGAUGAUCUGUUAGAGAACGGUUCUGCGCCCGCAGCUUUGCAAAGAGGGGACCCGGUGCUGCAAACGGUAAAAGACGGGCUUCCGAGUCACGAGACGGGCCGAAUUCCGUAUGAGGAAUUCUGGAAAAACUACGAGCGGAAGGUGUGGCCGGACGGGAAGCUGG